CAGAUACUGUGCUCUUGUUUCAGCCAUGGCGCGCAUUUGCCGGAGAAGAAAGGCUCCCGCUGUCCUAUGCAUUUGCGCCUUCCUUUGGAGCUUAUCCCACAUCGACGCCCAGGACUUGGAAUGCCUGAGUUUUAACUUUGCAGGGAGCUUUUCGAAAAGCUCUUCGGAAGCCGUGCGGCAGAGACAGAGGCCAUGGCCACGGGUUGUGCGGCAAAUUCAAACCUACGAUGCCUAUGAGAACAUGGGCAAUCCCUUUGACGUUUAUGCAGUGGCCUUCGGGCUGUCAGCCUUGAUGUUUGUGAUCCUCUUUGUUGUCCCCUUCGCAACGAACUUCGGGCGCACCGAAGAGAAGGAGGAAGAGGACGUAGAACUACUCUACGAGGAGGUGGACGACGAAGAUGACGAGGAUGACAAGGAAGAUCUGUACGAAGACGAGAGCGAAAAGCAAGGAGAGGAAAAGAAGGAGACAAAGAUUGAAGGUAAAGAGGUUGGAGCGAAGAAGCAGGAAACCACUGCCAGCAAAGCUUGAAGCAGCUGGGUUGUAGGCAAUCGCUUUUCCAGCAGAACACGCUGCAGCAGCUGCAAACGUAGAUGCGAAAA